GGGGAUGGAGCCCUUCCUCGGCUGCACCGGCGCCGCGCUCCUGCUCUGCUUCAGCUACGCCGGUCUGCGCCCGGUGGAGGCAGACAGCCCGUCGGCUCCAGUAAAUGUCACAGUCAAACACCUGAAAGCCAACUCAGCUGUUGUCACCUGGGAUGUCCUAGAAGAUGAAGUUGUCAUUGGAUUUGCAAUUUCCCAACAGAAGAAGGACGUGCGGAUGCUGCGCUUCAUCCAGGAGGUGAACACCACCACCCGCUCCUGUGCCCUCUGGGACCUAGAGGAGGACACUGAGUACAUUGUGCAUGUCCAGUCCAUCAGCAUCCAAGGCCAGAGCCCUGCCAGUGAGCCAGUCCUCUUCAAGACCCCCAGGGAAGCUGAGAAACUAGCCUCUAAAAAUAAAGAUGAGGUGACAAUGAAGGAGAUGGCAAAGAAAAACCAACAGCUGCGAGCUGGGGAAAUCCUCAUCAUUGUUGUGGUGCUGUUCAUGUGGGCAGGGGUGAUCGCCCUGUUCUGCAGGCAGUACGACAUCAUCAAAGACAACGAGCCCAACAACAGCAAGGAGAAAGCCAAGAGCCCCUCGGAGAACAGCACACCCGAGCACCAGGGCGGGGGCCUCCUGCGCAGCAAGUUUCCAAAAAACAAGCCCUCAGUGAACAUCAUUGAAGCAUGACAGGCUGACACCUGAGAGAUGGACUCCAUCCCUCACUCUCACU